AUGUCUCCUUACUGGAUGCUCUUGGUCUUCAUGUCUGUGAGCACAGGAAAGCUGAUUCGGGCUCCUGAUUCCACUAGCCACAGAGAUAGCCCAUCAGCAGAAGCUGCAGGGAUGCUGAACCCAGCCACCGAUCCACUCUCUAUGCAUAUGAUGAGGCUAUAUGAAAAGUACAGUCGAGAAGGCAGCAGAUCUCAGGAUGGGAACACAGUGAGGAGCUACAGAGCCCAGCCAGAUUUUUUGGCUCCUCGUCCCACGUAUCGCUUCAAUUUAACUUCUCUCCAGUCAUCUGAAGUUGUCUUGGCUGCCACUCUCCAUUUUGGACCAGACAAAAGCCCUAGGCCUCCUAGAGAGUCCUUCUGCAAACGUUCCAAAAAUGCUUCUUGUCGCCUCUUGCUACCAUCUCUAUCACAGAAGAUCAGUGUCACCUUUCGAAGCCUCGUUCACCACACAGACUUGGGUAUGGUGAAAUGGAAUGUCAGCAGUGCUGUUCCCUAUAAAAAGGGGGCCUGGCAUACCAAAUACAUAACUAGCAUUAUCAAGGAGGCCCAACAUCAACAAGACUUGUUUAUUUCGAUUGAGAUCGACUUUGGCCAUAAACUCCCUACAGUCUUUGAGACUAACCCUAGCGAGGUUCCAUAUAUCUUGGUAUUUGCUAAUGAUAGAUCAAUUGCAGAACCCAAUAGUGUGGCUUUGACCUUACAGAGAUAUGACCCAUUUCAGCCCAAUGGUGGAGAACCAAAGCAAGAGUCCAAUGCGUCUUCAGAAAGCAGAGUGAAGAGGGAAAUCCCUUUUGUGACUUCCACCCAUGAUAAUGAACUCCCAGGUGUCAAAUAUGUACGUUACAGCAAACAGGACUUGUGGGAAGGUACUUACAAAGCCCUUAAGCAAAAACCCCCAAAGAAAGAGAAGAGAAAAAAGGGUCCUGAAAGUUUGGACACUGUUUUAAAAUCUCCAGUGCUGCACUUUGAUGAGCGGACCAUGAAAAAAGCACGAAGGCGACAGUGGGAUGAACCCAGAGUAUGCUCUCGACGAUACUUAAAAGUAGACUUUGCUGACAUUGGAUGGAGUGAGUGGAUUAUAUCUCCGAAAUCUUUUGAUGCUUACUACUGCUCUGGAAUUUGUGAGUUCCCCAUGCCAAAAGUUGUUCGACCUUCCAACCACGCAACCAUCCAGAGCAUUGUCAAGGCUGUGGGGAUAAUUCCUGGAGUCCCAGAGCCAUGCUGUACACCUGAAAAAAUGAGUUCUCUCAGUGUGCUGUUCUUGGACGAAAGCCGAAAUGUGGUGUUGAAAAUCUACCCCAACAUGUCUGUAGAGAGCUGCUCCUGCAGAUAA